AUGUCAGGGGACUUCUGGAUCGUGAAAAGCAUCACACGUCCGUGGAGGCUGUCGUACAACCCGGUCGAGAUGGAUGUCGACCUCGAUACUAUUACUGCUGGCAUCAGGAAAGAUACUCGGCGGAAAGCCAUCGAUGAACAGCAGAUUGUUGAGGCGAGAAUCGAUAACAUCAUGAAGAAGACAGACGAGCUUCGGCAGCAGCUGGAUCGUGGCAAGCAGUGGAUCGCGCAGGCUCGAGAAGGCGAUGUGAAACGACGUGCUGAGAUCGCUGCAGAGAGGAAGCAGCUGGAAAAGGAGAAACCGAGGGCACUGGAUCCUGUCUCACUUGCUUCGUCCAAGGCCCGGCAAAGACAGGAGAAAGUGCACAAUCGGACAGUCGAUGCUCGCAGCCUUCUCUGUCGAGAGUCUGCUCUCCUUGCCGGCCUCGAAAGACGUCAAGGCUCAGGUGGUGAAGUGCAGUACUGGCUUGGUGGUGUACCGAUCUUUGAUCUGCGUAGACUGGCACGUAUCAAGCCUUACGAGAAAUCUCGGGUGCCAGAGAGCGAGAAGGAAGGGAGGCCGAAAUCGCACGAGCUGAUAUCUACUGGUCUUGACAAUGUUUGCCGGCUGCUUGGCAACUGCUGUCACUAUCUGUCCAUACGCUUGCCAUCAGAAGUCAUUUUACCAUUCAACAAGGACUCUCACGCUACCAUACUGCCGGAAGAGAUUGCGUACAAGCUCGAAGCCCCAUUUAACUCCGAAGCCGCUACCAAUAAGGCGCCUCCGCCAACCACAACUAAAGCGCCAGCCGAGUCCAAUUUCAUCACAAAGAAUGCUCCACGACCUUUGCACAUCACCAGGGGCCUGAGUCGGCUGUUCAAGGAAAAUCACUUCGAAUAUCUAAGGUUCACUGAAGGCGUGAUCUUCUUGGCCUACAACGUGGCAUGGCUCUGCACGUCGCAGGGUCUAUCAACCAUCAACACUAUUGACGAUGUCUACAACAUGGGCAAAAACCUCCAUGAUCUAUUCUUAGGUGAUGAUCGACCACGUCCACCAUUACUGCGCAACAUCUCUUCUGCGACUACGCGGACAGACAACUCGAGGAGAGGCCCCAGUGUCUCAGAGGCUCCUCGUCUUGGAGCCUGGUCUCACGGUACCGCACAUCAUUCGCUAAGUAGUGCAGAUGCUGUACGCACGAUCCGCGAGUGGCAGGCGAAGCUACCACCAGUGUCUGGGUUGAUCGAGAACCUACAGAACAUUCUUAACCAUGAGAUAGCUGGGGACGAGUGGGAUAUGGUCUCGGUGCAGGAAGGGGAGGAGCAGCCCGAGAAUGAUCAAAUUGCGGUACUUGUUGGUGGGGUCGAAGUUGAUCCUGCUAUGAGCAUCAUGAGCAUCAGACCAAGUGAUGGCGCUGAAGACGAUCUUGUAGCUAAGGCGAUCGCGAGACAGCAGGCUCACAGGAACGAGAAGGGUAGUAGUGGGUGGAUGCGAGUCCGUCCAAGAGGUGGAGAUGGCUGA